CUUAUCCCAGCCCCCCCAGUACCUUUGGUUGUUGGAGGGAAGAACAGGAUGGAUCUGGUGCUGAGAAGGUGCCUUUUCUGUUUGGCUAUGAUGAGUGCUCUGCUGGCUGUAGGGACUACCGAAGGACUCAGAGACCAGGACUGGCUUGGUGUCUCAAGGCAGCUCAGAACUAAAGCCUGGAAUAGGAAGCUAUAUCCAGAGUGGACAGAAGUCCAGGGACUUGACUGCUGGAAAGGUGGUCAAGUGUCGCUGAAGGUUAGUAAUGAUGGGCCUACACUGGUUGGUGCAAAUGCUUCCUUCUCUAUUUCCCUGCACUUCCCUGGAAGCCAAAAGGUACUGCCCGAUGGGCAGGUGAUCUGGGCCAACAACACCAUCAUCAAUGGGAGCCAGGUAUGGGGAGGACAGCCAGUGUAUCCUCAGGAACCUGAUGAUACCUGCGUCUUCCCUGAUGGUGGACCCUGCCCAUCUGGCCCUUGGUCUCAGAGGAGAAGUUUUAUUUAUGUCUGGAAGACCUGGGGCCAAUACUGGCAAGUUCUAGGGGGCCCAGUGUCCGCGCUGAGCAUUGGGACAGGCAGGGCAAUGCUGGGAACACACACCAUGGAAGUGACUGUCUACCACCGCCGAGGGCCCCGCAGCUACGUGCCCCUUGCUCACUCCAGCUCAGCCUUCACCAUUACUGACCAGGUGCCUUUCUCCGUGAGUGUGUCACAGCUACAGGCCUUGGAUGGAGGAAACAAGCACUUCCUGAAAAAGCAACCUCUGACCUUUGCCCUCCAGCUCCAUGACCCCAGUGGUUAUUUAGCUGGAGCUGACCUCUCUUAUACCUGGGACUUUGGAGACAGUACAGGGACCCUGAUCUCUCGGGCACUUGUGGUCACUCACACUUACCUGGAGCCUGGCCUAGUCACUGCCCAGGUGGUCCUGCAGGCUGCCAUUCCUCUCACCUCCUGUAGCUCCUCCCCAGUUCCAGGCACCACUGAUGGGCAUAUGCCAACUGCAGAGGCCCCUGGCACCACAGCUGGUCAAGUGCCUACUGCAGAAGGCAGAGGUACUACACCUGAUCAGGUGCCAACUACAGAGCCCCCUGGAACCACAGCUCUGUGGGUGCCAACCACAGAAGUCAUAGGUACUACACCUGUGCCAGUGCCAACUACAGAGGGCACAGGUACAACACUUGAGCAGUUGCCUACCUCAGAGGUCAUAGGUACCACAUUUGCAGAGAUGUCAACUACAGAGGCUAUAGGCACAACACCUGCAGAGGUGUCAACUGCAGAGCCCUCUGGAACCACAGUUGCACAGGUAACAACUACAGAGUUGGUAGAGACCACAGCUGGAGAGUUAACCACCCCUGAGCCUGAGAGUCCAGGUGCCAGCCCAAUCAUGCCUACAGAAGAUAUCACAGGUUCCCUGAGCCCCAUGCUGGAUGGUACAGCCACCUUGAGGCUGGUGAAGAGACAAGUCCCCCUGGAUUGUGUUCUGUAUCGAUAUGGUUCCUUUUCCCUCACCCUGGAUAUUGUCCAAGGUAUUGAAAAUGCUGAGAUCCUGCAGGCUGUGCCAUCCAGUGAAGGGGAUGCAUUUGAGCUGACUGUGGCCUGCCAAGGCGGGCUGCCCAAGGAAGCCUGUAUGGACAUCUCAUCACCAGGGUGCCAGCCUCCUGCCCAGCGGCUGUGCCAGCCUGUGCCACCCAGCCCAGCCUGUGAGCUGGUCCUGCACCAAGAACUGAAGGGUGGCUCAGGGACCUACUGCCUCAAUGUGUCUUUAGUUGAUGCCAACAGCUUGGCAAUGGUCAGCACCCAGCUUGUCAUGCCAGGUCAAGAAGCAGGCCAUGGGCAGGUUCCCCUCUUUGUGAGCGUCUUGCUGGUGUUGAUGGCUAUGGUGCUUGCAUUUCUGAUAUAUAGGCGCAGACUUAUAAAGCAGGGCUCAGCGCUCCCCAUUCCCCAGCUGCCUCACAGUAGCACCCAUUGGCUGCGUCUGCCCAGGGUCUUUCGCACUUGCCCCGUUGGUGAGAACAGCCCACUCCUCAGUGGGCAGGAGGUCUGAGUACUCUCAUCUGAUACCAUGAUUUUCCUGGGGUUACAGCAACAUCUUUAUUUUCUCCAGUCUUCCUUGGAGACUCCAUAACUGAAAUAAAUACUCAGAACCU